UGGAGUUAGGGAGGCCGUUGAAUACCAAUCCCCAUCCUCCCGCCAUUUGUAACAGCUGAUGAGCAUGCCAGUGCCACUUUUUGCAGCAGUGGGCACCAUUCAUGGUUUCCCAAUCAAUGUAAUCCGAAGAAGGAAUGCUUAUUUCAAAGUAUCAUCUUCGAUGGACCACCAUAAUCUAUCCAAAGUCAAAUCCAAUUCUCUCAGGGUUUUAGAAUGGGAUAAGCUUUGCCACUCCGUUGCCUCUUUUGCCCGCACAUCCUUGGGUCGUCAAGCAACUAAGGCCCAGCUUUUGUCUCUCGAUCAAACAUUCCAAGAGAGUUUGAGGCUUUUACAAGAAACCAAUGCUGCGAUCCUAAUGCACAAUCAUGACUCCUUUAACUUGGACUUGACUUCCGUCGACCUUGCUCUCGUAAAUAUCUUCUUCUUCUUUUUCACUUUCUUCCAGCUUUUAAUUUGUCGAUUUAUGGUUCUUCCAAGUGUUUGUGUUUUUGUCUCUGUAAAGGUUGAAUCUGCUAUCAAACAUGCACGGAGGGGUUUACCUUUAGAUGCAAACGAAGCAAUGGCUCUUCUAUCUCUACUGCAGUUUGUUGAAGCUUUGCAGCUUAGUUUAAAAGCUGCAAUCAAGCAAGACUCUGACUGGUAUAAGCAAUUCAUGCCUCUCAGUGAAAUGAUUACUCAACUGGUUGUAAAUAGGUCAAUAAUCAAGUUGAUUCAGCAAGUUAUAGAUGAAGAUGGCUCUGUUAAAGACUCUGCGAGUUCUGCCCUUAAAAAAGCUCGUGAUCAAGUCCGAACACUUGAAAGAAAGUUGCAUCAAUUAAUGGACAAACUAAUUAGGAAUGAAACAAAAGAAGCUGCCCUUAUGGUGGCGAGCAGUGUUGGUGGUAGAUGGUGUAUAAGUUCAGGGACUGAUCAGCCAACAGGUUUUAAGGGUCUUCUACUGUCCAGUGGUUCAGGAAGUAUCAUAGAGCCACUUGCAGCUGUUCCUUUGAAUGAUGAGUUACAGCAAGCAAGAGCAUUGGUGGCAAAGGCCGAAGCUGAUGUGCUUUUGAUGGUGACAGAAAAGAUACAAAUGGAUCUUGAUGACAUUGAAAAAAGCUUGAGAACUGCAAUUCAAUUGGAUAUGAUUUAUGCUCGUGCAACUUAUAGUCUUUCAUAUGGAGGGACAUACCCCAAUAUAUUCCUGCCAGAAGACAUUGAUGGACCUUUAAUGGCUGAACCCUACAGAUCAAAGGACAAAACUUCACAGGCCUCAAAUCCAAAAAAAGAAUGGAUUUUUUAUCUGCCUAAAGCUUAUCAUCCUUUAUUACUUCAGCAGCACAGGGAAAAGCUAAGCACAGCCCGGAAGAAUGUCCGCAGUGCUGCUGCUGAAAUCAGGAGAAGAAAAAUGCAGGCAGAGAAUAUGGCUGUGAAAGGAGAGGCAGAAAUAGAUCUUUCAUCCUUGCAAAAGCAGGUUAGAGCACUAGAAGAAGCUCCCCCUGUACCAGUUGAUUUUUUUAUUUCUCAGAAGACAAGAGUGCUGGUCAUAACUGGCCCUAAUACUGGUGGUAAAACUAUAUGCUUAAAGACAAUUGGAUUGGCUGCUAUGAUGGCAAAAUCAGGUCUUCAUGUUUUAUCUUCAGAAUCUGCAAAAGUUCCUUGGUUUGAUUGUGUUUUUGCUGAUAUUGGCGAUGAGCAGUCCUUGUCUCAAUCAUUAUCUACAUUCUCUGGCCACUUGAAACAAAUUAGUGAAAUUCAAUCACAGUCCACAAGGCGAUCACUGGUGCUGCUAGAUGAAGUUGGUGCAGGAACUAAUCCCCUUGAAGGAGCAGCACUGGGAAUGUCUCUGCUAGAAUCUUUUGCUAGAAGUGGUGCAUUGUUGACAAUAGCUACAACGCAUCAUGGCGAACUUAAAACUUUGAAAUAUAGUAAUGAUGCUUUUGAAAAUGCUUGCAUGGAGUUCGAUGAAGAGAAUUUUAAGCCAACUUACAAGAUUCUUUGGGGAGUACCAGGUCGUUCAAAUGCAAUCAAUAUAGCUGAAAGAUUGGGUGUACCAAGCACUAUUGUUGAUAAUGCUCGCGAAUUAUAUGGUGCUGCUAGUGCAGAGAUUGAUGAGGUAAUAAUGGAUAUGGAAACAUAUAAGCAAAAAUUCCAAGAGCUUAUCAAGGAGUCUAGGCAUUAUCUGACGAUGUCAAGAGAUCUCCAUGAAAAGCUAUUGGUCAGCAGAAGAAAGCUCCAGGAUCUUGGCGCUCAACAAAGAUAUAAGAAGAUGCGAGAACUGUCUGAGGCUGCUGCAGUUGCUCGAUCAACCCUUCACAAAAAGGUAAGGCAGCUUCGUACAUCUACAAUGAAACAAUCUCAACUCAGUAAAGCAAGCAAGCGUAAACUAGCAAAUAAUUACAAGCAUGCUACGGCAGUUGAAAAUGAGCUGCAGGGUACCAAUAUGAGUUCAUCCUCCAUUCAAGUUAUUAAGCAACCACAAUCAGAAAAAAUUACUGAGCUUCCUAAGGUUGGUGAUACAGUGCAUGUUUCAUCCCUUGACAAGAGAGCAACAGUUUUAAAAGUUGACACAUCUAAAGAAGAAAUAGUUGUUCAAGCUGGUAUCAUGAAGCUGAAGUUAAAAGCAACUGAUGUUCAGAGAUGAAUGAUAGUAUGAUAAUAGGUCAUUGCAUGAGGAGGUUUUGCAUUAUAUGGAACAGUUUAUUCAUGAUCGUUCAACAUACCAAAAAAAAGAACCAUAGAUAAAUGUUUGGAAAUGAUGAGGAAUUAUGAAAUUUCAAGAAAAAAAAAAAACUAAUCACAAGCUUUGUCAACAACAACUAUAAGCAUGUCAAAGGUGGAGAAUCUAUACAGCAUACAACAUUCUUGGCAGCUCAGAUCAGCAACACAUAUGAGAAAGGAAUGUAUUAGUGUAAAAAUAUUUCUUGAAUAAUCCAAAUUUAGUUGCCAGUGUUUUGUUGAAAAUUGUUGUUUGCAUGUUGCCUAUAGUUUAUACUCUUCUCAUUGACUAGCUACAUAUAUUAGCAAAUAUAAAAUGAUAAAGGAUUCAUCUCCCUUUAUUAUAUAA